GUUUAGGCUACUUUGGUAUUUCAGAAUCUAGUAUGUAAAACAUGAACACUCAUAAGGUGACAUUUCUUCUGUAACAUCUAUCAAAUGUUAUAUUGUAUAAUUAAUAAGUAUCAUUUUUAAUGUAUGUACAAUUAUUUUGUCUACAAACUUUAAGAUAUUAUUCACUGACCUAUACUGAGAUGGUGUUCUAAUGUUCUAUCAUAAAAUCUCUUAUUAUAGACAACAUAAUAUCAAUAAAGAUUUACCAAGUGUUAAACAUUUUAUUUCAUAAAUAUUCAACUAGGGGUGGAUACAUUAACUGAUUGAUAAUAAUAAUAGUUAAAUAUAACAUGAAGUUGUAACCUAUGGAUCCAUGACUUUGUUAAUAUAUUAAAAAAUAAUAUUUAAUAUACUUUUGUAGAUUAAAUUUUACAUUUUUAUGUAUUUGAAAGAUUGAGCUAAAAAUGGUUGCUGGUCCAACAGAACAUGGCAUACAAGCCGAUGUAAUAUUUGUAAUUGAAGGAACAGCUGUCAAUGGAGCUUACCUUAAUGAUCUUAAAACAAAUUAUCUUAUUCCAACACUUGAGUACUUUAGUCAAGGUGGCAUUGAAGAUAGAGAAUAUGUUUCUGAGCAGAAUAGCACAACAUUAUAUGGUGUAGUAGUAUAUCAUGCUGCUGAUUGUUUACCAGCUCCAUGUACUGAGACAUUUGGACCAUACGCUAAUCCUCAUAAAUUGUCAUUGGUUUUAGAUAAAAUAGAAAUGGUUGGAGGAAAAGGAGAAUGUUUUGCAAAUAUUGGAGAAGGUCUUGCGACAGGACUACAGUGUUUUGAGGAUCUGCAGUUGAGACGCGAACCUAAUACUGCAUCACAAAAACAUUGUAUUUUAAUUUGCAAUUCUCCUCCAUAUCAAACAGUUAUACAGGAAUCGUAUAAAUUUUCUGGUCACACUAUAGAACAACUUGCUGCAAUUUAUCAAGAGAGAAAUAUUAAUCUUUCAAUAUUAUCGCCUAGAAAAAUACUGGCGUUGUUUAAAUUGUUUGAAAAAGCUGGAGGGGAUUUACAGUCAUCACAGACUAAAAAUUAUGCUAAAGAUCCACGACACUUGGUAUUGUUACGUAAUUACAAUUUGAAAGAAAGACCCGUUAGCCCUACAAUGGGCGGAGCCGUUCACACAACGCCGGGUACUGCUGCACAAAUUCCAUUAAGUCCAUUGCAAAGUAACGAUAGUCCGAAUACAAAUCAAGUUCAGCAAAAUAUUGCUCAACCACCUCAAUCGCACGGUCCAACAUUCAGAAAUCAAACACCUCAAAGUACUACUUCAGUUCAUCAAGCAUUAGUACCAAUGGCAACUAGUAUGAACCCUGGACGACCUCCUUACAACCCUUAUAACCCCACACCUACAGGUGUAGUAGCAAGAACGGGUCACACUAGAUGGAGACCGUAUCCUGCAGCAGGAACUACUGGUCCAACAAAUACGCAAGCUAGUGCUCUGAUAGCACAAUUAAAUCAACCACCCACCCUCAUUGGAGGGGGACACAAUGUAACUCCGUUCGGACAAAGGAUGGAUGUAGGUAAUACUAAUGUUAUGGCAGCCAAUGCUCAACAACAACAGCAGCAACAGCAGCAGCAGCAGCAGCAGCAACAACAAUUAGCGCAACAGCAGCAGCAGUUGAGACUAACAAUGCAAUUACAACAGCAGCAGCAGCAGCAACAGCAGCAGCAACAACAACAGCAGCAACAACAACAAAAUGUUCAACAAGGUUCAAUGCCUAUAACAGCACAACAGUCGCAUGGCCAAGGUGGACCACAAUUAACAGUAUCAUGUGUUAGUCAAUCAAUGCCCACACAAGUUCCACAAACAGUUACUGCUUCUCAAACGCAAGCAUCAGUAUCGUCAGUUACUCAGCAACAAGUAACGCAUUCUCAAGCACAGGGUAAUGUAACGGGUGGUACAGUACCGGGUCUACAAAUGAAUACAGCGCGCGAAAGGCAUACGAUAUGGCAGGGUAUCAUUGAAUGGGUUGAAAAAGCUAAAACACCCGCUGAUGCUCCAAAACAGACAAGGCACCUUCCUUGUCAAGUUUCUGCCAAUUCCAAGGAUGGCGAUCCAGAGUUGAAAGCUGAUACUUGGCCACAAAAGUUAAUUAUGCAAUUGAUGCCAAAACAAUUAAUAGGAAAUAUUGGUGGAUCCUACUUGAAAAAUUCAAAAUCAGUUCUUUUUCAUCCAACGCCUUGCGAAGCACUAGAAUCUUUAACGAAAGUUAUGAGCUCAGGAUUUGCUGGCUGUGUUCAUUUCACUUCUUUGCCACCAGCGACGGCUUGUGACAUAAAAGUACUUAUUCUCCUCUAUACAGCUGAAAAGAGAACUUAUUUAGGAUUCAUCCCAAACGAUCAGACAGGUUUUGUAGAUCGACUUCGAAAAGUAAUUCAACAACAAAAAACAUCACACGGUCCUGUAAGGCAGGGACAAGGUGGAGCAGCACAAGGAAAUCCAAUAUCUGGCCCAAUGCCUACCACGGGUACAUCGCAAGGGGGUAUUCUUAUGUCUCAAACAAAUACUAUAGCUAUGGGAGGAGGACAGAUAACGCAAAAUGUAGUUUCUACAAAUGCUCCACAGCAAACGUUAACAUCAUCUGCUGGUCCUCAGAAUCAAAUAAACAUGCAGACUGGUGGUAUGGCUGGUCCUCAAGUGGCUCCCGGUUCUGGCGCGAUGAUGGGACAACAAAGACCACCGUUUGAUGACAUUGAAAUAGCUAGGCAUCAAAAUUUGUUAAAAAUUCAGCAAUUACGUCAAACGUUAGAAGCCGCGCAACAACAAGAGGCUCAAUAUAAAUCACAACUGGAAGUAAAUAUUCAACAGAAUUUAGAAGUAGCACAGCAGCAGGAAAUGCAGUAUAAACAACAACUGGAGGCUCAACAAGCUCAAAGAGCACUUAAUCCUGGCGGUAUGACAAACCAACAGGCGAAUGCUACGAGGUUGAUGCGACCAGUUUCAAAUAUGGGAUUAAGACAUUUAUUGCAACAAUCACAACCGCCGUACAGGCAACAGGUAUUUGGGUUACAGCAACAAAUGGUAGGUCCCAGAGGCCAAGCUACAAGACCUAUGGCUCCUGGUAAUCCGCAAAAUCAACAAUUUGAAGAUGUUUCUAAUUAUGAUUUCCUUGGAUAAAUGAAAUGAAUAGAUGAAUUUAAAUAAAUAUUUUUUAAACAGAGAUUAAUACACCGUGAAUGCUAUAUUUAAAGAAAUUAAACUGAACGAAUAACAAUUUUCCACAUAUAUUAUACAGCUUCAAGCAUUGUAUUUGUACAUAUACAUAUAUUAAAAAAUGCAUGUUAACGCUA